AUGAUCUGGACGGCUAUCGCUGCGUUGUUGCUGUCUUGCUUCGUGUCUGCAGCGCCGCAAGAUUUCGCGAACAAACCCGACCCGACCCUUACCUACAGUCCUCCUUUCGAUGCUUGUGCUACGGUCGGCUCGAUGGUCAGAGAAGCUGAAGCUGCAAGCCCCACCGUCCUCACCGAUUACGUCUACAUCCCUGCGCAGAACGCUAUCGACUGCCUCCUAACGGUACCCUGUAACCACACUGCGGCUAUCGAGUGGCUUGAAUCCCUGAAGCCCUACCUAGGAUGGCAGUCCACCACUGCAUAUCUCAAAAAUCCACCUUCAGGCUACUGGUUUCCAGAGUACGAUAUUUUCGCUCGCCUGCAGGGGAUGAUUGAUAACAUCCAGCAAUACAAGAACGAAUACCACUUUGAACUCGAAUUGUUCAAGACUUUCGGGUAUGCCAACGAUGGACAUCUUCGCUAUUUUCCCAAGCUAGUCACAGGUCUUUUUGGCUUCGGGCGUCCACUGAGCUUGGUAUCUAUCUCUGCUGACGGCAAGAGCAAACCCCGUCCUUAUGUAUACGACGAUAUCGUCUUGUGGACCAACGACAGCUCGCGAAGCAUCUCCCCUGUUGUUCAAAUCGACGGAGUAGACGCUGAAGCCAAGCUCCUAGCCCUCGCUGACUGGAGCAUUUGUGCUGACUUCGAUGCGGGCUACAACUCCUUGUUCGCCAACCUUGCACAAGCGUCCUUGGGCUACAUGGGCAACGGAGGUGGCAUAUUCGCUGGCGGUGGUCGAGGACAGGUCCCGUAUCCUGGCGCACGGACAAAUUUGACAUUUGAGAACGGCACUGUUGUGUCUUGGGAGAAUUUUGCUCGCGUCUACCAGAGUUUUCGUAACAUCAAGACUGGCCAGGACGUUUACGACCGAUUCCUGAACGUCUCCUCUACCAUCCCACUGCCCGGCGGCGGCAUCGGACAAGCAGACACAGACGACCGUCCUGGUCACAUCGGUCCCCCACUUCCAAACCCACAGGAUCCCAUCGUUGGACCACCUGGCUAUCCUACACCAGUCAGGUUCGUCGCGGGAGGCUACAUGGGUGGGUACUACCUUGACGGUCAAGGCUACGAAGAUGCUGCCGUUUUGAGUCUUCCUGGCUUUGGAACACAACUUCUUCAGACAGCUAUGCAGGCGACUGUCACCGAAUUCAUCAAGCAAGCGAAAGUGUAUGGCAAGAUGAGACUGAUCAUCGACCUCAGCGCCAACGGAGGCGGCCAGAUUCCUCUAGCGUAUUCCAUUUUCAAGACUCUCUUCCCUGACAUCGACCCUUACGGAGCGAGCCGUUUCCGCGCCACUGAAGACUUCGAUCUUCUUGGUCAAGCCGUCAGCCAAGUCGUCGGAGACGAUUAUCCAUGGGAUCCAAAUUAUCCUCCGGGUCCUAGUCUGCUGCUGAACAACUAUCGAGCCACACCUUUCAUUACACAGGCUGACAUGACCGCCAACGGUCACACAUUUUUGACCUGGGCGGACAAGUUUGGCCCACACGAGUUCCAUGGAGACAACUUUACAACACUCAUGCGAUGGAAUUUCUCAGAUCCCGGUACGAAUGAAGAGUCUGGUUUCAUUCCCAACGGCUACGGCAACCGCACCAAUGUUACUACUGAGCGUCCUUUCUUUGCUGGAGACAUCAUCAUCCUUACUGACGGCUGGUGCGCGUCCACAUGCUCGAUAUUUGUCGAGUUGAUGACUUCACAGGCUAAGGUCAAGACAGUGGCUGUCGGUGGGAUUUCUGGCAGACCUGCUGACGCAGUCGGACCCAUGCAGGCGGUGGGCGGUGUUCGCGGCGCCAAUGUCUAUCAAUUUUCCACUCUGGCUCAGUUUGCUCAAGGGGCACCUCUGCUCAGCGAAGGGAACGCUACGCAGCAAGCCAUCCUAAACUCCACCUUGGCUCAGAGGUACUCUCAAUUGCCGAUGCUCAAAGCCGCCGAUGGGGAUGGCAGAGUCAAUGUGAGGGACCAGAUUCGAAUCGGGGACGAGACACAGACGCCGCUGCAAUUCGUCUACCAGAAAGCGGAUUGUCGCAUAUUCUACGAGCUGGCGCAUACGGUGAGCAUGAUGGCAAUGUGGAAGACGGUCUACGACGUGACCUGGAACGGUGCAAGUUGCCGUGAAGGAAGUGCAUACUCGGCGCCUCAGCACAAUAUCACUCGGCGGGGACGAGGCAAGAGGGACCCGAUGCGAGCGGUGGUUGUGGAGGACAUUGAGAAGCUGCGCCACGUCUGGAAGAUUGGGACGGAUGUAACCAAAAUCGAGCCUAUGAGCGGCUUUCAGGUACCUUGA